AUGUCACACGGGGGGGCGGGGCUCGGGGGGGGUUGGUCCCGGGUGUGACGUGAACGGAGCGGAAGUGACGUGUCCUAACGAUGUUACGGCAGGACAGUAAUGACGACACUGAAGAUGUGUCACUGUUUGAUGCAGAUGAUGAAGCACCCAGGAGAUCAAAAAAGUCAAAAAUAAGGCAUCCGGUGGCAUCAUUUUUCCACUUGUUCUUCAGAGUCAGCGCAAUAGUUGUUUAUCUUCUCUGUGAACUGUUGACCAGCAGCUUUAUUGCCUGCAUGGUCACAAUUAUCUUGCUGUUAUCAUGUGAUUUUUGGGCAGUGAAGAAUGUUACGGGCCGGUUGAUGGUUGGGCUUCGCUGGUGGAACCAGGUGGAUGACGAUGGCAAGAGUCACUGGGUAUUUGAAGCCAGGAAGGCAUCAGCUCGUGGGAAUAAGGCCUCUUCUGAAGCAGAGUCCCGAAUCUUCUGGUUGGGAUUAAUUACCUGCCCUAUGAUCUGGGUGAUAUUUGCAUUCAGCGCCCUGUUUUCCUUCAAAGUGAAAUGGCUGGCAGUGGUCACAAUGGGUGUAAUUCUGCAGGGGGCCAACCUGUAUGGUUAUAUCAGAUGUAAAGUAGUCACGAUUCAAGUGUCAGCCCUGAGUGCCAGGCUGGACAGCAGCUCUGCAGAGUGCUCCUCCUUGUGGGCAUCUUGCAAGAGUAGAGGGUAG